AUGCAUCAACAGCCUCCUUCCCCGUCGGGAGAUAUCAAGCCACUCACACCGACACCGACACUACCCCGUGGCACUACCGAAAACCCGCCUGUCCUCCAGAAUGACUUGACUGCUAUCAACUUUCGUCUGGAGCACGCAAACUCAGAAACAAGAUACACACCGGGUGUUUGGUCCUCUGGAGGCAGUACAGCUGUGUCUCUAUCCGGCAACCAGACAGAAGACAAUACAGUUCUCUCAACCCUAUCACGCCACUUCCGAGCAAAUAUACGUACCGCUCAUGCCGAUAUCAUUCUCAUAAUAUGCAGCUUCGUUGGCGGCCUAGUAGACGGGCUGUCAUUCAAUGCAUGGGGCAGUUUCUCAAGUAUGCAAACAGGAAACACCGUCUUCCUAGCCCUAGGCGCCUCCGGCCAACCCGCCUAUCCGGCCUACCUAUGGGCCAAAUCCCUAAUCGCCCUAACGGUCUUCCUCCUCAGCAACAUCUUCUUCAUAAACUUCCACCGCUACCUAGGACCCCGCCGCCGCUCAACACUAAUCCUCUCAUUCUCCAUCCAAACCUCCGCCCUCUUAGCAACAGCAAUCCUCAUCCAACUUCGCGUUAUCACCCCCAAACCGGAGGACCCACGCGCCCCAAUUGAAUGGACGCAAAUCCUGCCUAUCUCGCUACUGGCCUUCCAGGCCGGAGGCCAGAUCUGUGCCUCUAGAAUUCUGGCACUGGAUGAGAUCCCGACUGUUGUUGUGACGACGCUGCUGUGCGAUCUACUGGUUGAUCCGAGACUCACUGCGAAGUCUAAUCCUCGGCGGAACCGUCGAGCUGGGGCUUUCCUUGCUUUGUUUCUGGGUGCUAUGACUGCCGGUGGGCUUUCGAAGACUACUGGUAUGGCGUCUAGUAUUUGGCUUGCUAUGGGGUUGAAGCUGGGGAUUACGUUGGCGUGGGUUAUUUGGCGGAGGGAGGGGAGGAAUAAGAGUGAUUCGGAGGUUUGA